ACUAUAUAUAAAUGCGCGCAUACGCGUGAAACGGAACGCGGCCUUCGUCUCACUCUACUUAUUGCAGCAGUGCAGCGAAAAAGAAUAGUUGUGUAGCAACGCUGAUUAAAACGCUUGAGAACACGAUUGUGCAAGUUUGGACACAGUUACGAUGUCGAAAAAGGCGAGAGUUUUUGAUAUUCAGGAGAUGAUGCAGAAUAUUAGACAAACUCUCGAGAACAACAAAGCAGCAGCUCUCCAACAAGGGAAAUCUGCAGACGAAACUGCGGAAUCCAAAAAGGAUGAGAGCAAAGAGAAUGACGACGAAAAUGACCUGAUCGGUCCACCGAUACCACUUUCGCUGUCUCCCGAUUCAAGGACGAAAACUUCAGACACAAGUGAGGAAGAGAAAAGAAACGAUAGCGAAGACGAUGAGGAUGAAGAAUCGUCCGACGAUGAAUCGCCUAACAAAAUACCAUGCACUCACGAAGUGAUAAUGACGCAUGGCACAAAAGCUGUUACUGCCAUCGCCGCGGAUCCCUCUGGCGCUCGAUUAGCCUCAGGAUCCGUUGACUACGAUGUAUGUUUCUGGGACUUUGCAGGUAUGGACUCGUCCAUGAGGAGUUUCAGAACCUUGCAACCAUGUGAAAAUCAUCCUAUUAAAUGCCUACAGUAUUCAACCACAGGCGACAUGAUAUUAGUGGUAUCGGGAGCAGCACAGGCCAAGGUUCUGGACCGGGAUGGUUUCGAAAAGUGUGAGACAGUAAAAGGUGAUCAGUAUCUUAUAGACAUGUCGCGUACCAAAGGUCAUACUGCCAGUCUGAACAGUGGCAGUUGGCAUCCAUUCUCGAAAGAACAGUAUCUCACUUGCUCUCAGGAUAGUACAUGUCGGAUAUGGGAUCUGAACAGUCCACGCUGUCAUAAGAGUUUGAUAAGAUGCAGGGCACAGAAUGGUGUAAAGACUAUACCGACCACUUGUACAUAUAGUCGAGAUGGUACUGUGAUUGCAUGUGGAUGCAUAGAUGGAUCAAUUCAAAUGUGGGAUCAGCGAAAGAAUUUUGUGACUCCUUUGGUUUCACGUGGUGCACACACACAGCACACUGAGAUAUCAAGCCUAAGUUUUUCCUACACCAAACAGAUGCUGGCUAGUAGAGCUUGUGAUGACACUUUAAAAUUAUGGGACUUGCGGAUGUUCAAAUCACCAAUCUUUGUGGCAAAAGAUUUGUUCUCACGUUACAACACAACUGACUGUAUGUUUAGUCCAGACGACACGAUGGUGGUUACAGGACAGUCCUUGAAUAAAGGUGCACAGAAUGGCAAGAUGUUGUUUUACAAUAGCACAACAUUUGAUGUAGUCAAUCAGAUCUCUGUAACGAAUUCACAUGUGAUCAAGACUCUGUGGCAUCCAAAAUUAAAUCAAGUAUUUGUUGGCUGUGGCAAUGGUAUUGUAAAGGUGUACUACGAUCCUAAAAAGAGCAUGAGAGGCGCCAAGCUGUGUGUUGUUAAAACACAUACCAAGCAGAAACAUAUUGAAAUAAUGUCUACGCAGCAAAUUAUAACACCUCACGCGCUUCCUCUAUUUCGUCAGGACAGACCCAAGUCGGUUCGUAAGCAAAUGGAGAAAGACAGAUUGGAUCCUGUUAAAUCAAGACGUCCUGAUCUGCCUAUUACUUCUGGUCAAGGUGGUAGAGUAGCAUCAUCAGGAGGAACGCUCAGUUCCUAUGUCAUCCGAAAUCUUGGCCUAAGCAAGAGAAUAGAGGAUGAUCAAGAUCCUAGAGAAGCUAUUCUUAAGUAUGCUAAGAUAGCAGAAGAGAAGCCAUAUUGGAUUGCACCAGCAUACAAGAGGACGCAACCAAGGACUAUCUUUCAAACUGAUGAUCAGGACGGCGGCCCGAGCAACAAAAGACAGAAACAAUAAACUUAUAUUUAUUUUGUACAGACCACUUUAACUUAUGUUUUAUUAUUUAAUAUAUAUUUAAUGUAUAUUAUUACUUAAAGUAAUUUUGUUAUAAUGUAAAAUGUAAUGUUAAUUUUUUUGUAUUCGGUGCAGUAAAAUUAUAUGAUAUUCGAAUAGCUCCUGUAAAAAAGUAUAUGUUGCAAAUAUAAAUACCUAAAUCACCUUAAGUGUGCAAUAAAGUAUUAAUUUUAUAAAUAAUUUUUGUACAGUCGAUACUGAUUUGACACAAGAUUUACUGACAGUAGGUUAUUAAAUAAAGAAGUUCUGUAACGCCAA